AUCAAAUUCAAAUUGAAAACUUCAUUUUCAAUUUUUAAAUUGAUUACAUUUUUGAGUAAAUUUAGUUUUGAAGCUCUAUUCAUAUUUAAUUUUCUCUCAUUUGUGAGGCUUCUCAGCAUUAUUGCAACUUUAUUUCAUUUUCGUCUAUUUGAAUUCUCAAUAUAGUUUAGCAAUAACUGAUUGAUUUCUUGUUUUAUUCAACAAAUCCCAAAUUCACGACCCAGAGUGAGAGUUUCAGGUUAUGUUUAUUUAUAUUUUAUCAUUUUACUAGUAUUUAUCUAUCAACUAUUAUUUUCCUAGUCAAAAAAGACUGGGUGGCGCCCAUACAGAAACCAUUAUAUUGGCAAAUUAUCCAUUGAAUUUAAUGAAUUACUCAUUAUAUGAUUAUUUUUAAUUUCAAGUACUUUAUGUAAAGAGCAAGUAGACGAAGAGCUCAAAUUGUCGCCGCCAACGUGAGGCAUUGAUUCUUAUGUUAAUCAAUCGGAUUUGUUGAUUAAAGCAAAAGUUUUUUUUUGUUUUUGAAUUUCCCUUAGUAUUUAUUUUUAGUGUCUAAUCUAUAUCUCUUUCAUAUUGUUUAUUAUUGGAUUAAUUACGCUUAUUAUGCGUUUAUUAUGACAUGUUCUUGUGGUAGUUCUUGUGUUCUUGUGUAGGCUAUAUAUAUUCUUGUGUUAAACUUGUGUAGUGGGGUAGAAUAUUCUUAAGUCAGUGCUGGGAAUUAUAAUUGGUUAAGUUAUAGUGAAAGUUUAUCUUCAUCAGUGGGCUCUAUAGUACCUAGUGAUAUAGGACAUGUAUUUUAGGGUAUGUUAGUUUAUAAUUUGAGAAAUAGGCGUAUUAUUAAUUCUGAAACCGAAAUGGCUGAUAGCGAGGGAAAUCUUAAUGAACAGUAUACUGAAACUAGCGAGGGAUAUUCAGGUGACAGCAGCCCGGUAGAUUCAGAUAAUUUAGAAGAUAAUUCUGAAGCCUCUAAUGACCAAGUAGGGAUGGGAGCAGUUAAUGAUCCUCACACGACUCAAACCCAUGACUCAACUAGCGAGGGAAAAGAGGACCCAUUGAAAAUAAUCAUGGCAGGGUUAAAAGAAGAGUUAGGUGCCUUAUUUCAACAAAAUAGAAGAGAAAUAGCAGUGAAAUUGGACGAAAACAGGAAAGAGAUUCAAGAAGUUUCCAAAGAGGUAAAAAAUUUACAAUCUCUCAAAACAAUUGUUGAGAAGAUACAAAAAGAUGUAGGUUUUCUAGAGAAGAAGAUUGAGAAUAAGAUUGUAGAAAAAACGGAAGAAAUUCGUAAUGAAAUUUCUAAGAAAAUCUCAGUAAUUGAAAACACCGUUGAAAAAGUUGACGCGAGAAUAACAACAGAGAUUGCUUCAGUUAGAAGAGAAUUGUCUGGAAAAACCGUGGAGAUUGACAAUGAGGCGUUAAAAAGAGUAGAACAAAGAUUAGACGAGUUCCAGCAAGAGAAAAAUAGGAUUUGUGAUACUCUAGAAAUAGUCAGGAACAGACCUAUUGUUGUAAAUACGAAUUGCCGUGGAUUUGAUGACGUUCCUAAGUUCGACAAAUUCCGCGAGAAUCCUAUACAAUUUCUCAUAAAAAUUAAGGAAUAUCUCCAACGAAACAGUCGUGAAUCUUGGGCAGAACAGGCCGGUGUGAUGGAGAAAUCAUUCGACAAUCAGGAGGCAGCGUGGUGGAUGAUUGUGCAAACGACUAUCACAACGUUUGAAGUAUUUGAGGAGAAGUUUAAAGCAAAAUUCUGGAAUGAGAAAAUACAGGAUACUGUGAGAGAUAGGAUGAAAAAUGGAAAAUUUGUGAGAGGGAGAAAGUUGAAUGCUAAUGAGUAUUUCAUCAAACAAGUACUCAUUGCACGAAAUUUGGAACCAGCAAUGUCAGAAGAAGAAAUUAUUGUAAAACUUGCUAAACACUACGGAGUAGGCUUGGAGAGUGCCAGAUUUAAUAGAAAUAUUAAAACGGUUGAGAACAUGGAGCGGUUACUAGAAGAAUGGACUGAACAGAACAUUGAUGCUGAUCAGAAAGGUUUGAAAGAGGCUGGGAAAAAGGAGAACAAGAUCGCCAAUCAGAAUUCGAUGGAACGAAGCAACCAAAGCCCGAAGUUUGAGAGAAGGAAUUACGACAAUCAACAGGAACAAAGGCAGAAUGAUAAUCGACAGGAUAGAAGGAAUUAUGGUAAUCAGAAUUACAACCAUAAUAAUCAUUUCAAUGGAGGUGGAAGAGGUGGAAGAUGGAACUCGAACUAUCACGAGGAUCGGCGAAAUAAUGAUUACCAGCAGAGUCGGAGAAAUAAUGGUGAAAGGAAUCAUAAUAGAAGCAAUGAGGAUGUAAAUAAGGAUGAUAAAACGGGAACCGCGAAAGUAGCUGAGAGCAACAAGACAAAAAACUAAUUAAUGUACCUGUGAGAGCCCGAUCGCAGUGUCAAAAAGGUGGAGAAGGGACUACAAAGUUUUCUUGGUAUGUGCAAUUUUUAUCGCCGAUUUCAAGAUAAAUAUGCAGAGGCUACGGUACCGUUUAAACACGUUUUGAGUAGCAAGAAUACCUGGAGAUGGGGACCACAGGAGGAACAAGCAUUCCAGGACAUAAAAGAUAAAUUCUUGGAAAGUGUCAUGCUAAAACAUCCAGACUUUAAUAAACCGUUCAUUAUCACGUGUGAUGCUAGUGGAUUUUCGCUAGGCGGUUAUCUAUCACAAAUUAAUGAUGAAGGAGAAGAGCAAGUGAUAAGCUUUGCGAGUAAGACUCUUAAUAAACAAGAAAUCAAUUACAGCACAACGGAGAAAGAACUGUAUAGUGUAGUUUUUUGUUGUAUAAAAUUCCGAGAGUAUAUACUUGGAAACGAUCUAACCGUCAGAACAGACCACCGAGCAAUUACGUUUCUGAAAUCAUGUCGUUUGCCAGCGGGAAGAUUGACAAGAUGGUCAUUACUACUAGCCGCUUACAACAUCAAAUGGGAAUUUUUAAAAGGUUCUUUGAAUAAGGCCGCUGACUGUCUAUCAAGAGGUAAUGCUGA